AGCGGCGUUGGCAACGGUCCCAGCGGCGUUGGCAACGGUCCCGGCGCCGCCACCGGGCGCCCUCCGCCGCCGCCCCGCAGCCAUGAGCAGCCCCGAGCGCCGCACCGCGAAUCGGUGGAGGGGCGCCCCGGGCCGGGCGAGGCCGGGCCAGCCCCCUUCUCCCCCAGCCCCCGCGGACCACCCUGGCAGCUUCGCCGUCGUGGGGCGCAGCUGCCGCCUCCACUCCCGGCUGCCGGGUCGUGAUGGCAGUGAGACCACGGCCCCAUGGAGCAGGGAUGCAGAGGGGAGUCCUGCAAUGAACCAUCAUCCAAGUCACCCAACUGAUGGUCCCGCCUGCACACCGGUACAAAGAGCCCUGCUGGGGCUCACCAUCCCCCUGGAGACGCUGCAGGUGCUGAAGAACCGCAUGCUGCAGGCCAUGGGCGAGGGGCUGAGCCGCCAGACACACGCACAGGCCAGCGUCCGUAUGUUGCCCACCUACAUCUGCUCCACACCUAACGGCACCGAGAAGGGCGAAUUCCUGGUGGUGGAACUGUGCCAGAAGCACGUCCGGACCCUGUGGGUGACCCUCCAGGGCGACGGCAACCAGUCCCCCCAAGUGACGCAGAAUAUCUUUGACAUGCCAGAGGACAUCCCACAGGGCACAGGGGAAGCGCUGUUUGACUUCAUCGCGCAAUGCGUGCAGAAGUUCCUGACUGACAUCAGCAGACUGGAGGAUCACCUCCCCUUGGGCUUUGUCUUCCCCUUCAGCUGCAAGCAGACACGCCUGGACAAGGCCGAGCUCAUCUCCUGGUCCAAGAACUUCAGCUGCAGUGGUGUGGAGGGGAAGGACAUUGUGGAGCUGCUGCAGUCGGCCAUCAACAAGCAGCUCAAAAAUGUGGAGGUCGUUGCCCUGAUGAAUAACACUGUGGGCACCAUGAUGACCUGCAGUGUGGAGGGAAAACCUUGCGAGAUCGCCUUGGUCGUGGACCAGGGCACCAACAGCUGCUUCAUGGCCGAAGCAUCCCUGGUGGAGACGGUAGAGGCCAGUGGACGGAUGUGUGUCAGCACCGAGUGGGGCUGCUUUGGGGAUGAUGGCAGCCUGAACGAUGUCGUGACGCCCUACGACCAGCACGUGGAUGAAGAAUCCUCCAAGCCAGGGGAGAGGAGGUUUGAGAAGCUGGUGGGCACCCUGUACCUGGGGGAGAUUGUCCGGCACACGAUGAUCGCCCUGGCUGCAGAGAAAGCGGUCUUUGUUGAGAGCAAUAUCAACAUCCUGAAGACCAAGGGUGUGCUCAGCACCCAGCAGGCCAUGGAGAUCAUCGAUGAGGAGGAAGGCAUGGCCAAGGCAAGGAGCCUUUUGGAGGGUCUGGGACUUCGGCCGAGUGAGCCUGACUGCUGCCGGAUGCAGCAGGUCUGCCGGGCGGUGGUGAGCCGUGCUGCCGCGCUCUGCGCCACUGGGCUGUCCGCCAUCCUCACCUACAUGUGCCGCAGCCGGGAGCUGGAGUGCUUGACGGUCAACGUGGGGGUGGAUGGUGACUUGUACCAAGGCCACUCCAGGUUCAGAGAGAUCCUGGAGAGUGUGACAGCACUGCUGGCUCCCGACUGCAAGGUCACCUUCGUGCCCACAUUGGAUGGGACUGGGCGGGGGGCAGCCAUAGUGACAGCGGUGGCUUUGCGCCUGGUGGCCCAGCGCCGCGAGGUGGAUCAGGUGCUGGCCCCGCUGCGGCUCAGCCGCGAUGACCUGAAGCGUGUCCAAGGACUGAUGAGGCGGGAGAUGGACCUGGGGCUGGGCCGGGAGACCAACCCCACCGCCUCUGUCCGCAUGCUGCCCACCUACGUUCGCAACACGCCCGAUGGCGGCGAGCAAGGCAAAUUCCUGGCGUUGGACCUGGGGGGGACAAAUUUCCGGGUGCUGAUGGUGGAGGUGGGAGCAGACGGCAUCCGCAUGGCCAGUGAGAUCUAUGUCAUCCCAACCGCUGUCACACAAGGCACCGGCGAGGCGCUCUUCAACCACAUCGUGGAGUGCAUCAUGGACUUCCAGGUGAAGCAGGACCUGGGGGAUCAGGUCCUGCCACUCGGCUUCACCUUCUCCUUCCCCUGCCAGCAGCUGGGCCUGGAUAAGGCUGUGCUGCUGACCUGGACCAAAGGCUUCAGCGCCUCAGACUGCGUGGGGAAGGACGUGGUCCAGCUGCUGCGGGAGGCUGCCCAGCGCAAACAGCACUUAGGGCUGAAGGUGGUCGCCGUGGUCAACGACACGGUGGGAACCAUGAUGUCCUGUGGCUAUGAUGAUCCCAAAUGUGAAAUUGGCCUCAUUGUGGGGACAGGGACCAACGCCUGCUACAUGGAGGAGAUGCACAAUGUGGGUACUGUGGAGGGGGAGCAGGGCCGCAUGUGCAUCAACAUGGAGUGGGGGGCCUUUGGGGACAAUGGCUGCCUGGAUGACAUCUUCACUGACUUUGACCUGGUGGUGGAUAAGAAAACAAUCAACCCGGGCAAGCAGAGGUUUGAGAAGCUCAUCAGUGGCAUGUACCUGGGCGAGAUCGUGCGCCACAUCUUGCUGGCACUGGUGGACAAACGGCUCCUGUUCCAUGGCAAGCCCUGCCCCAAGCUCCAGACCAACAACAUCUUCCCAACCAAGUUCCUCUCCACCAUCGAGAUCGAUGGGCUGGGCCUGCGGAAGGUACAGGCCAUCCUGGAGGACCUGGAGCUCCAGGCCACCUUUGAGGACAGCACGCUGGUGCGGGAGGUGUGCCAGACCGUGUCCAAGCGGGCAGCCCAGCUCUGUGCCGCCGGCCUGGCUGCCGUGGUGGAGAAGAUGCGGCAGAACCAGGGCCUGGACCAGCUCGUCGUCACCGUGGGGGUGGACGGUACCCUGUACAAGCUGCACCCAUGCUUCUCCCAGCAUGUCCAGCAGACGCUGAAGGACCUGGCACCCAAGUGCAUCGUCACCUUCAGGCAGUCGGAGGAUGGCUCGGGCAAGGGGGCUGCGCUCGUGGCGGCCGUGGCCUGCCGCGAGGUUAAGCUCUAGGGACAGCCGCCACUGCCAUCAAUAAAGCACUGUGUUCCA